GGACACAUCGUAACUGAAGGAAACGUUUCGAUUACUGACGCUGUAAAGUCCAGCCUAUCACAGCACUCAACACUCGUGACCCUCCAAGAACGUGGUACAGUAGAGGUAGUCAGACUUGAACUGGACGAAAACGAGUUGUCUCACCUGAACCUCAGGUUGCUGACCAGAACUAUACAAGAAGCAGCAAUCCAUAUGAGACUAUAUCACUAUGGCAACCAAGCGCUGCAGUUGUUAGUUCAUUUCUCGAUGGUGGCUCUUGUUAUUCGUGAAAUAAAAGUGAUAUCGAUAGAGGAGCUACAGAAUCGAUACGACACCUUGCGGAAACUUAUACAGAGAGAGUUUGUAUUUCAAGGAAGGAGUAGUACAAUGGAUCUCCAAGAUGCCGUAGGAGUUAUGGCGUUAGUAGGGUUAGUGUCCCAUAAUGAUGGUAGUGUUCUUGUAGUUGAGAACUGUUUCAGAAAAAUGGAAUUAUUGUCAUCUUUACUAUUUCCGUUUCUGGCAGGAUACAGGAAUGAUUAA